GUCGCUUGGUCGUUUGCAAUUCCGGUUGGAUUUCCAUGCGUCAACAUUCUGGACGAUAAGCGGAGCGGCAAGCAAGUGCUUGCUGCAGGAGUCGACACGGAAGUCGCAGAUCUAGAUCCCUCCGUUUCUUCCGCCAGUUCGGCGUCUUCUCCACCGUUUCACCCGAAAGAGGCGCGCAUCCUACGUGACAGAUCGCGACUGGCCCCGUCAGUGCUCCUGUCCUCUCCACCGUCAGGAGACUCGAGCCCGUCGGAUACUAGUUCGUCAUCCCAGCGACAUUCCCCGCGGAGCAUCACCCUCGAGCCCCCGCCGCUGCCAUUCCUUUCGGCCCAUCGAACCGGCGAAUCCUCGAUCUCGUCACCGGACAAUAAGAGGGCUGAGAGCAGUGUCUACUAUACCACUGCCUGGGGGUCUCCGUAUGCAGCACCAAGCACCCGUCGACUUUCUUUGACCCUGAGCCAGUACGCCGGCGCGAAUCACGAUUCGCAGGAAAGCUCGCCAAUCAGUGUAACCAACAACCCCGAGUUCCGGCGAUCAAGCAUCGUCAUCAACGAGGAACUCGUUGGUAAUCAAGAGGGUAGAUCGAUCCGGGACUUUACGCAAGAUUGGAUCAAUCAGUACCUGACCGGUCAACCACGAACCGAGCGCAGCAACUGGUUGAGCGACGACUCCGGAAGCGAGGCACCGUCGUUUUUCACUGCCCAAAACCAGCUCGUCGACGAGUCUUCUGACGAUUGGCUUGGUUUGGAGGACGAUAUCGGCGAAAGCGACCUUCUCAAAACACCAACGCUUUCUGAUUUUGUAGGUCGAAGAGCGGCCGCUCGCUCAAAGCCAAAGAAAAACCUACACAAACGCGCGGAAACUCUGCGCCAGGAGGAUUUUUGGGGUUUCGCGUACGACAAAGAAUCACUUAACAACACGAUGUCGGAUACUAAGGAGCCACAACCUCCCGCCGAAGUGACUUCGGCGGAGAAGCCUCUACCACCCCCGCCGUCAUCUAUUGAGGACAAGAUUGGUCAAGUGGAGGAUACACAAAAGUCCGAUGUACUUCAGAGGCAGGCCUCUGACCUCAAUCGUUCGGCCACUCAGACCCCGAGACGGAAAAAGAAGUUGACUUGGCGUGGGAAGGCGUGUAUCAUUGAAUUGCCCGCGGAUGACAAACGAGGAACGGAGGAAUCCGGUGUUCGUCUUUUAAGCCAUGCGGAUGUUGAAACGCGGUUGAGGAACUGGGAAAAUGAGGGUUACGAUGUUCGUGGAUUUACCAUUGGCGAGACAGAUGGUUCUUCUGAGCCCACCGAACUGGGAGGUUUGAGCCGACCUUUGUAUCCCGAUCCGUAUGAGGUCUACGAAGAAACCAAGUGCCAAAAGGUUCAUAUUUCCUUCCCGGAUAAGUCCGUUUGGGACUCUUAUGUGGCAAACUUGCAAGAAGAGAAGUUGCGGGCUUUGGGUGUCUCCUUUUGGGGACCCCGAGCCUCAGCACUCGCCUUCCCCUGCAUCGGCAUCAAUUCACCCAUCACACACACCAUUUCCCGGUCUCGUGGCAUCCCCACCGAUUCCCACUGCUCAGCCAGUACCGCAAGUGGUGGAAUGGGAUCUUUGGCCUCGCCUGGCUCAUUUGGCAUUCAAACUCCAUUCAUGGGCAUUGAGCAAAACUUGAUAAAUGGAUAUCCGUUCCAGUUCCAGCCCACACCUCCUGCCCAAGGCUCCAUGACCCCACAAAGCCUGGCCAACGUUCGUCAUGCCAAUUCGUCGGUUGGUCCCGGGGCACUCCACAACUUCAACUUGAUGCUGUCUCCCGUUUCCCCGAUGCAUGAGCAGGGUUAUUCUGAGUAUGAAAAGGCUGGGUUUGAUCCUAGCUUCGGGCAUGUCGGCCACGAUGCUCCUCCUUUCCAGACUCCUCGUACUCCAGUUAACGAUCCUGGACACUUCCACGCGAAUGUUGAAAUCGCUCAUCCAACUCCUCGUGGCCACGGCCACAACCUCAGUGAAACUCUCCAGCGAGGCGUGGAACAGAUGACACAUCCCGAGUAUCAAGGUCUACCAGGUCAGGUCGAGCACCAUAUGGAGGAUGAUCACGAUGCUGUCCACCAUGGAAUGGACUUUGAGUCGAUCCAAAAUCGUUGGGAGAGACAUCAGCAGGAGAACGGUCUCUAUCAGCCACAGAACGAUUAUCAACAUAUGGCUCAAAACGCACCUCGUCAUGCUUCAUUCUCUCAGCAUCCUCAUCAAUUCUACGACGGCCAAUUCGGACACCAAAUGCAGAACGCGCAUGAGAUAUCCGACGUGGAUACAAACCCUAGCCUGGCUGGAACACCGCAUACACGAAAUGCUGUGCCAAAUCAAGGACCGUGGCAUGAAUCGAAACCAAGUUCUGGCUCCUAUCAGGGCCACCAGUCCAAGCUUUCUAUCUCAUCGCUUAACGUGCAAGCUAAGGAGUUUGACCCAACUGUUGCUUUCGGAUCUCAGGCUGCACAGCUCGGUGAAAACGCGUUCCAGUUCGGUGGAAUGGGCCAACAGGGAUUCGGCUUCGCACCUGCCGCCCCGACCUUCAACCCCUCCGCAAGUAUGAAUGCCCCAAGGGACAAUCCUCUCAAACAGAGCACUAGCAGUUUCAAGUUCUCAUCUGCAUCUUUCAACGUCGAUGCCCCGAUCUUCAACCCCUCUGCCAGUCUCAACUCGAAUGCCAGCUCUGAACAGCCGCCUGCCAACCGAUCCAAGAUUUUCGGCGACAUUGACAUUGCUGAAAUUUCUAAGCCUUCGAAGGAGAAUAAGGCUAUUCCGAUCGUGCGGCCUGAUGAAAACGAGUCCUCUAAAGACGAAGACGAGCAAACGGUCCACGAUGAUGCCAAUGGCCGACCUGUUCCCACAGACCGCCACAAGCGCGCUCGUCGCGGUAUCGGCCAUGCUGAGGGUGAGGCUCGGUACAGCAUUUCAGGUCAUCCCCUGGGUGAAGUUGGCAAUGUUCAGGCGUCCAACAAUCUCCAAUCUGUCGCCGAGGGCAAGGAAAAAGCUUUGCCGGAAGAUGACAAGGCUCUGGAGCGCAGAAGCACUCCUAUGAGCGAAGCUGAUACUUGGACUCUGUUCGAUUACAGGAACAAAUCAAAUGCCGGUUCGCCCGUUCCCGAUGAACAAAGUCGAGAGAUCCAGGAGGAUCCUGCCCAGAAGCCGGCAGUGGAGGAGCCUGCAAAGGAGGCGGCUCCUCAAACUGAAUCGAAGCAUGCUGCUCAAGAAUCAAAGAGCUCCAUCAAGAGUACGAUGCUCUCGGCCACCGCUCCGCCAUUCGAGUUCAAGCCUGCCGUCCCUGCGUUCGUUCCAAUUACUGUCCAUCCGUCCAACUUUGCUGAAAAGCAGCUAGAGUUCCAGCCGGAGCCAGCCAAGAUCCAACCCGCCGAGGAGGAGCCUGUCCAGCAGAAGUCUGCCGAAAAGAAGUCAGCCAGCUGCGCCUCAGCAAAGCAGGGGUGGGAAUCUGAUUCUGGGGCUGAAACGCCAGACUCUGAAGAUAUUGAUGCUGUCAUGGACCAACUCAAUGGUGAUGGAUCCGACAUUGGCAUUGAGAGGCAAUACACUCCUCUUCCACCUCAGCACUUCUCGCAGUCUGUCGGUGGCCCUACCAAGGAACAGCGAUUUGGCUCUGUAGAGGGCAGAAGCGAAGCCCCUAGCCCUAGCCCUGGCGGUGGUCAGAAGACCUACAAUCUUGAUAUUCCCCGACUGGAUUUCGACGAUGUUCGUAGCCACGCCAGCCCCUCUCCCAAGAAGGGCUUCAUCUCUCCUCAGAACGCCCAGAUGGGUCUUAUCACUCGCUUCCAAUCUCCCAUUCGCCGGGACCCGUCUCCUGCUCUAUCCUUCCAAUUCCCGCCCCGCCAAACUGACGAAAUUGAGGUUUGGGAUACCGAUUUCGAUCCGAACGAAGAUGAAAAGUUGCUCACAAACAAGGCCUGGGCUGAAAACCGCGCUAAGGAUGUUGUCCACUCUGUUAUCUAUGAGCAGGUUGCUCCCUUGCAGCGUUCCAUGGCAUUGAUGCAAGCAACUUUGGCUUCCAUUGCCAACGAGACUUCAGGCAGGAAAGGUCGUCGUAGCAUGUCCGCCGAAGUCGAAGAUAGCGAUGCCGACGAUGAGGAUGACGACGAGCAAGAGGUGAAAUCUGUCACGGCUCGCUCACCUCGACAACUGCGCGAUCGUAAGCUGAUGCAGAGUGUUGUCAUGGAAGCCAUGAUUGCACUUGACCUUCCUGGACGCUCCUCACAGCACUCCAACCAUGGAGAGAUGGCUCAACUCAAGGAGAGUAUCGCUGAGUUGCAAGCUUUCGUUAUCAAGAAGCUUGCUCAGGAUCCUGUUGGCGAUAUACAGGAGAUCAUUCAGGAGACUUUGGCGAGGCAAUUUGCCCAACAGACGCCUCGUCUAACAGAAGCUGAGGAGAUCGGCGCUGAUAGCCUCAUGCUCCAGAUUGAAGGACUCAAGAGCAUGUUGCGACUGGCCGACGAACGUGCUGAGCAAGAAUACAAGAUUCGUCGCGAUGCUCAAGACUCAAUAACCGAACUUCAACAUUUGUUGAAGGCUGCCGAGGAGGAUGCUGCUCGUCACAGCGCUGCUGCCGAGGACGCCGAGGCUCGUCUCCUUCAAUUCAAGGAAGAGAAGAUACCCCACUUGGAAAAGAUGCAGUUCCGCAGUGCCUCUCUCGCCGAAGAGAGCGAGACCCUCAAGGUCACCAUUGCCGAGUUGUCCUCAAAGAACAUUGCUCUCGAGGGCACUCUGGAUGAGUACCGGGUUUCCAGCGACCACUUCCGUCGUCAACUGGAAACCGCCAAGGAUGAGAACAAGUCUCUACAUGAAACUGUUGACCAUCUGAGGACUCGUAUUGAGGACAGCAUGGUGGCUCGACAGAACCUGGGCGAAAAGUUCGAUCGUCUUCAAUCGGACAUGGUGACUCUUACAUCAGAUGUGAUUAGUGAACAGGCCUCAUGGCGCAAGAAGGAGGAGCAGCAGACUGCCAAACACAACGAAUUGCUCGCCUCUUACGCUCGUGAAGUCAAGCUUCGCGAGCAACUUGAGCAGGAAGUCGCUGAACUUGCGAAGCAAGAACGCGAGGCUGCCAAGAUGAAGUUCAUCCAUGAGCAAUCCCAACAGGAGAACGCUAGGCUGGAAGAAGUCAUCGCCAACCUACGUGCAGAGAACCAUGAGCUGUCGCUCAAGUCGGCUCGUUUCGAGCGGGAGUUCAACGAAGCCCGCGAGAGUAGCCGCAUGGAAAUCCAGCGUACGCGUACCUCCAUGGAAGCCGACUUGGAAGCUUCCAAUGUUCAGGUCAACAUUGUGCGCGCCGAACUGGAGGCUCAAGUCAUCCGUCUUCAGAGCCAACUGGAGAAUGUUCAGAUGGAUGCUGAUACUUCUCGGGAGCGCUACGAAAUGCUCCUAGAGGAGGCCAAGGAGUCCAAGAUCACUGCCGUCGCUACUGCCAAGGAGUCUCGCGAAAUUGCCCUUGAGGAUGAGCGCAAGACACACGAGCGGGUCCUCAAUGACCUCCGCGAGCGCCACGCUCGUGCCUUACAUAAUUCUUCAGAAGACCGCCGGCGUGCUGACGCAUACAUGGAGGAACGCAUGGCUCUUGCAGACGAAAGGGCUAAGCACUUGCAAGAGCGUGUAGAGCACCUCCAAGAGAGACUCGAGAUCGCACAAUCCGCUGCCCGAGCUGCUGCAGAGGCAGCCCAGAAGGGUGGCGCUUACCCCGUACCUGCCCCCGCGCCCGCACAUUCGAGCUCACCCUCUAUGUCUUACAACAAGGGUUCCCAGGAGCCAGAGAAGAUCUCUCCACAGGCUCUGCGCGAGUCUAUCUUCGUCCUUCAAGAUCAGCUCCAGCAGCGCGAGACCCGCAUUGAGGAGCUUGAGCAAGAGAUCUCGUCCGUGGACAAGGAGGCUCCGAACAAGAUCAAAGAGAGAGACACUGAAAUUACUUGGCUCCGUGAGCUUCUCGGCGUUCGCAUCGACGAUUUGCAGGAUAUUAUCAAGACCCUUUCGCAGCCUUCCUUCAAUCAGCAUGCUGUCCGUGAUGCGGCUAUCCGUCUGAAGGCUAACCUGCAGAUGCAACAACAGGAGCGCGAGCGUGAUGUCUCUGGUCAAAGCCUCCAGUUGCCUUCUAUCUCCGACAUCGCCGCCUCUCCGCGCGCUCUUCCUCUAGCCGCAGCCGCAGCCUGGGGCAACUGGCGCAAGAGCAGAGAAAACUCCAAUGGUGCAAGCUCUGCAGAACAAACCCCUUCCAAGUCUAGCAACGCUAGUAGCUUUUUAUCAGGACUCUUGACUCCGCCGACCUCCAACGUCCGACCGAACGCUACACUAGCCAGCACUUCAGGUCGUUCAUAUUCCGAAAGUCGGCCCUUGAGAGGACUCAAUUCGACUCCUCGACGAGGCUCCAUCCGCCAGGAACCCCCCAUCGCCGAGCCACCCAAGACCCCUCCGCUCCUCCGUCGCUCGAGCUAUGACCAUGACGCCGAGCCGACAACCUACGAAGACAACAGCUUUGCUACGGACGACAUCGAAAGCACUGUCGACGGCAUGGUCUCUGAAUCACCCCGAGAUCUCAGCGGCCCAUUUGGCCCUCAGAUCUCUGCUCUCGCCGAAGAAGAAGAGUGA